CCAUGGAUCCCUUCCACCACCUCAACACCUCCUUCUCCAACCCGUACCACCCGCUUCUCUCCCCCUCCCCUCCCCACCACCCCCACUUCCCUCCCCUCCCGCCUCCGCCUCCUCUCGCCGCCGAGCUGCCGCAGUCAUCCGCGGGAGCCCUCGAGCGGGAGCGCCUGCCGCAGUGGUCGCACGCCGAGACGGCGGCGUUCCUGGCAAUCCGCGCCGAGCUCGACCACUCGUUCCUGACCACCAAGCGCAACAAGGCGCUAUGGGAGUCCGUCUCCGCGCGCCUCGGCGCGCAGGGCUUCUCCCGAACCCCCGAUCAGUGCAAGUCCAAGUGGAAGAACCUCGUCACAAGGUUCAAGGGCACCGAGGCGGCGGCCGCGCAGCCGGCGGACGCCGAUACUGCGGCGGCGCAGGCGGCGAGGCAGUUCCCAUUCCACGAUGAGAUGAGGAGGAUCUUCGACGCCAGGGCCGAGAGGGCGCAAGCAUUGGAGAGGAAGAAGGCUAAGGGCAAGGACGUGCGGCCGGAGGACGACGAAGGCGGCGGUGAGGGGGAGGAGGAGGAGGAGGAGGAGCUCGAGGUGGAGAUGGGAGAGGAGGAGGGCGGCAGGGGCGGUGGGGCGAAGAAGCGCAGGCGGAAGCAGGCGGCGAGGACUUGGGUUGCGGAUCAGGGCGAGGUGGAGGCGAUGCUGAGGGAGUUCAUGCGGCGGCAGGUAGAGAUGGAGGAGAAGUGGAUGGAGGCCGCCGAGGCGCGCGAGGCCGAGCGCCGCGCGCGGGAGGAGCAGUGGCGCACCGCCAUGGUCGCGCUCGGCGAGGAGCGGCUCGAGCUCGUGCGCCGCUGGCGCGAGCGCGAGGACGCGUGGCGGGCGCGCGCAGAGGAGCGCGAGGAGCGGCGGCACCAGCUCGUCGCCGCCCUGCUCGCCAAGCUCGGCGGCGACGCCUCGUGAUCAAUCCUCAAUUCCUCAUCCAUCCAUCCAUCCAUCCAUCCAUCCAUCCACACUCGCCGGUACGGACCAAAGCCACGCCCUGCUCCCAGAUCAUAAUCUCAGCAUACAAGCAAAGCUUCCUCCAUGCAUUGAGUGCAACUGUAGUAAAUCUUCUGAUGGAGAACGCUUGUUGGAUUCUUGCUCAGGAGCAACGAACGAUCUUUCGCCGCAAAACACGCAUCGCCCGGACACCUAGCUACUUUUGAUAAAAUCAUUAGUGAUCUAGUACAUCUUUGUUGAUUAGGGUUUCUUUAGACAGCUAGAGGGAGAUAGAGGUCAGGAAAGAGGUCUGUUCAGGUGGUGAAAAGGGUUUGCAACUCAUGCAAUCUUUGUUUAGCCAGCCGGCCUAAAGCAGCUCAGCUGGUAGUGUCUCAGUCUGGUCUUAUCGACUUCAGGAGCUGCCUGUCUGAGCUUUCUGGCUUUCCAAUCAAGUGCAGUGCAUGGAUGCAUGCCUUUGCAUGAUCUCAAUCGAUGAGCCUGGCUUCUCCUUGGUUCUUCAUCGAUCUCCCUCGUCUUUUCAAGAUGAUCUGUAUGAUCUCGCGACAGGGUCGGUGCUUUUGGCUCAAAAAUGGGUGCUUCAGCGAUGAUAUCUCCGCAGUACUUGUGUAGCUUUUGCGCAACAAUGGUGGUGUAGCUGCUAGAUCUUCCUUUCUUUCUUUCUCUCUUUUCGGUUGCAUAGGUAAAGAUAUCUCACUAGCUAAAAAGAGAUUUGCAUCUGAAAAGUAGAAGUACUGGCUAGUAUGAUCGGAAAAGAGAGGCAUGGUGGAUACAGGAAGCACAUGCAUGGUUGCUGAUAGGGGUGCAGGCCGGCAGGCAGCUGCUUCGCUUUGCUUCUCCUACAGGAAGGGUAUUGAUGCCCUGGCUUCUUCCGGCCUGUAUGCAUUUGCAAAGAGAGGUGUCCAGCAGAAGCCACUAGAAACAACACUAGUAGCUAGAUCAUUGUCUUGUGCUUGCCUGCCUGCUUAGGGUUGUUAGUUAUUGGAUUAGCUAGCUCCCUAAUGACGGCGUGUCAUAGCAAGCAUCAUGCCAUGACGACAAUGGGCGCAUGCGUGCGUGGUAUGAACCCAUGAGAACGGGCAUAUCAUGCAUAGUGUGUACGUAGGAAAGUAGAGUAUGAAACCGCGUUACAUCUGUACAGCCAGUUCUUUCUUCAGAAAAUCUCGAUGCCCCCCUGUCUAUGUGGUUUAGCUAGUAGAUCAAGUAAUGUCUCGGGAUUCCUUUUAUAUUUUUCUUUUGCAUAUGCAGAUGCAUUGUUCACCUAUUGUAUACAUUAACAAAUUUAAUUUAAUUGGAGCUCUGUGCUUUUCUCAGGAAACAAAUAAACAA